AUGGCUAAAUGCAGCAUUUUCUUUCAUGCCCUAGUUGUGGCCUUUGUUUCGGGACGUAUUGCCUCGGCUGCUGGGACCGAAGUCGAUGGGGCCAACUGUCAGCUAGAAGUACCAGAAGAUGCGGUCUACAAGAACCCGAAGGCAGACCUUUCUGACCGUGUGGCUGACCUCCUGUCUUACAUGUGUUGGGACGAAAAGAUCGCUCAAAUGGGGGGCGUCGGCGGAAUCCUUGGGCAGAACAGUACCUACGAUGCUGCCCAAUAUCUGGACAGAGCAAAGCUGCACAACGGAACCAUCUCUCCCGGUUCAUACCUCAACUACGCUAAAGAUGCGGUCCCUGUCCUAUCGGAUCUCAUCGUCGCCUCCAAGAAGGAACACCGGCUCGGCAUCCCUUUCGUUCACAUUGGAGAUGCGGUCAAUGGCCCGACACUGCGUGGCACUACCCUGUUCCCGGCAACCCUGACGAUGGCAAUGGCCUGGGACCUACCUCUCUAUACCACUGUUGCCGCAGCGCUGAGGGAUGAGCUUCAUGCGUGUGGAAUCACGUGGGUACUCUCACCUGAGGUAGACGUUGCGCGUGAUCCGAGAAGCGGUCGCGUUGGUGAAAUGUACGGCGAAGACCCCUGGAUGAACGGUGAACUUGCCGCGGCCUACAUCGGUACGGUCCAAGAAAAGGACUCCGACGGAUUCAUGAAAGUAGCCACUACGAUCAAACACUACGUCUUUGGUACAUCUACUGGUGGCGUUAACCAGGGCUCAAUCCUUGGCGGCAAGAACCACAUUUACAAUAUUCUAGCGCUCCCAUACAUCAAUGUUCUCCAGAAGGUCACUCCGGCCUCGCUGAUGCCGUCUUAUGCCACCAUCGAUGGCGUCCCCGCCCACCAGCACAAAUUUCCUAUUACAAGAUCUACUCCGCCAACAACUCGGACGGCCAGCACGCUCAAUGACGCCGGAAUUCAAUCCUUGGAGGCUGGCGUGGAACUCGAACUUGCGAUCCGAUUUCCCACGGCCUUCGAGUCUCUCUCCGGCAAUCAAACAGUUGAGGGCGUGGCUGGAAAUGUGAACGAGGCAGUGUCGCGUCUUCUCAACCUGAAGUUUGAAUUGGGCCUCUUCGACAGGGACCUCUCGGCGAACACCACUGCCCUGACUGAGGUACUGAGGUCCGAGGAGCACCUGGAAGCCAACGAGCGCAUCACGAGCGAAUCCAUUGUUCUGCUCAAGAAUAAUGGCAUACUUCCUCUAUCUGCAAACCAGAAAGUGGCUGUUUUGGGUCCUCUUGCUGAUGUUGUCAAUACUGGCACCUAUGCUGCAUGGACAAAUGCCGAGAAUGGAAACCUCACUUUCUUGGAUGCAAUUACGGCGACCCUUGGUUCCGACAACGUCAAACAUGUCAAAGGCGUUGAAAUUACUUCGGAAGAGAACUCAAGUAUUGACGAGGCCGUCGCAGCGGCUAAGGACGCAGGCAUAGCUAUCGUUGUCAUUGGUUCUGUCGCGGUGGGCUACGAGGACAGUCUUGUCAAUGAGCGAACAGAUGGAGAAGGACUCACUCAUGCGUCUCUGAAAUUUCCUGGACUUCAGGGGGAUCUAUUGAGCGCUGUGAUUGAAUCUGGUGUCCCCACUAUCAUCGUCCUUAGCGGUGGUCAGGCGUUCGAGCUGUCGGGCGUUGCUCAGGAUUCCCAAGCCAUCUUGCACACCUUCCUCGGCGGCGAGUUUUCAGGACGCGCGCUAGCCGAUAUCUUGAUUGGGAAAACAAACCCCAGCGGCAAACUCACCAUCUCAUUCCCUGCCUAUUCAGAGGUUAAUCCGGUUUACUACAACCACGAACCCAGUGACUGGCAGGCUGCAGGGGCUAUUCAAUUCCCGUAUCUCUCACACAACUAUCUUUACCCCUUUGGUCACGGACUCAGUUACACUACUUUCAACCUCAGCAGUCCUAGUCUCGACAAGACGACUUAUGGCAAGACCGAUGCUAUCAAAUUAAGUGUGACCGUCUCCAACACCGGGUCUGUAGAUGGGAAGCAAGUUGUUCAGGUGUACUUCAGGCAGCAGGUUGCCCCUCUGUCGCUUCUAGUAAAGAGACUGAUUGGAUUUUCGAAGGUUGAUGUGCCUUCCGGUUCAUCGAUUGAUGUUGGAGUUGAAAUUCGCGUUGCUGAACUGGGUUACUGGUUGGAAGGAGAGUACAGAGUUGACUCAGGUGGAUAUGAGAUUUUUGUUGGUGACAGCUCCGACGAUAACAGCCUUAGCGGCCCUGUGGCUAUUCACAUUGAGUAG